UUGGAGGAUAAAAAACAAACGGAGAUGUUAAUAACACAAAUGAGGAAAGACCCUAAGAGACUUCAAUCCCUGCAGAAGUGCCUUAUUUAUUUUUCAGUGUCUGGAAAUACUGCUGUUAUUGCUAGGUUUGCUUGCUCCAUCCUCCUCCCCUGUUGUUCUCUGUCCAAUGGAAGUUGCAGGAACCCCUGUCCCACAAUGCCAUCUACCCAGCUGCCACUGCUACUCCUCUGUUUGACCUUGUGUGGUGUUUGCUUCAAUGGGGGACAUCUCCUUCCAGAGGAGAGUAAGAACAUGGGAAAAAGUCCCCUGGAUGACAUCCUUCAGAGAUCUGAAAGCUUCAUUCUUCAGUCUGUCCUCAAGAAAGCUGAAAAGGAAGAAGAGAUUAAUAAAGAAUCAAAUGCCCCUCUGCUACAAUGGCUUUCCAAAAGACAACACCCUGGGAAAAAGUACCUAAGUAACCUGGAGAAGAGACAACAUCCUGGAAAAAGAGAUGUUGAGGAAGAGACCUCUUACGGAGACAUUCAGAAGAGGCAGCAUCCAGGAAAAAGAGAGAUGGAAGAUGACCCUGAUGUUUAUCUGGAGCUGAUAAGGCAACAGCCUCCCAGACGAAAGUCACUGUUGGAUCAGUUUGCCAACAGCCCUAGGGCACAGCUAACCUACGCGAACAAGUUAUCCACAAGAGAACAUCCAGGCAGAAGAUACCCGAUGUACAAGCACCAGCGUCCUAGCAAAAGAGGCUGGAAUUACGAGGUAGACCUAUACAGUGAGAAACUCCAGCAUCCUGGAAAAAGGCACUGGAAUUCUGGCAGCUCAGGUGACACAGGCCCCUGCAACUUUCAGGAGUCAUUCACCUGUCACAAAGGCAGCUUGUUGCUUGAUUUAGUAGAAGAUGUUAGCAGAGACAGGGUAGAAGAAAAGCGUCAGCACCCCGGAAAGAGAUCAGCAUGGGAGAGUGAAACAGAGGAAUGAAAAAAUAAUUGUGUAGCACUUGCAUUUGGUGAAGUAAACUGCCAGAUCACCAAACCAUUCCGUUCAUUGUUUUUUGGCUUCCUGUUGCUGACCUCUGUACCUACCUUUCAGCGUGUUAAUGUACCCAUCCAAGUUAACGGCUUUGUCACACACUUAAAGCAAAAUAACUAAAGGACCCAUCUGAAUGGAACAGGCAAGUACUGAGAAUCUUCAAUUCCCCCACUUUAGGCAGAGUGCUUAUCUUCUUAGGAGCCCAGACCCCAGAAUAAUCCAACUAUGUGUUCCUAAAUGACUAAAACAGACUCUCGAAUUUCUGUUCUGAUGCUACUGAAG